AUGACCGAGAGCGACGGCGCCGACUUGACCCCCUGCGUCGACCGAAGCUGGCCGGCCUCCCCGCUGGACAAUGAUGAUCUCCUCGGUGAGAUCCUCCUGCUCCUCCCGCCUCUGCCGUCCUCGCUCUACCGCGCCUCCGCCGUCUGCCAGCAUUGGCGACGCCUCACCACGGAUCCUCAGUUCCUCUGCCGUUUCCGCACCCUCCAUCGGAAAGAUGGGCCGCCCGUCCUCGGUGCCUUCCUGAGCCGCGGCGACAGGGUCGUGUUCAGGUCGUCAAUCUUGGAUCCUCCCGACCGCAUACCUCCCAAGCGCUUCGACUUGGAACGUUGCAACCACCACAGCAACGUUGUGCUUGAUUGUCGCCAUGGCCAUGUCCUCGUCUACAACACCCUGCCCCCGCGGCAAGACAUCAUUGUGUGCGACCCCAUCACAGGCGACCAGCGCCGCUUGCCCGUUCCGCCUGAGUUCAAGAAAUUUUAUCCAGUCAACGGGGCGGUAUUCUGCGCCGACGACGCCCAUGACCAUGUGCAUGGCAGUUGUCACUCCAGCCCCUUCAAGGUAGCCUUGAUGUCCAAGUACGUACGUGAUAAUCAUUCACCUACCGCAUGUGUUUACUCCUCAGACACUGGCACAUGGGGUAAACUCAUCUCAGCAACAAAACCAUAUGUGGGUGAUUGUGCUUAUAUUCAUGGGACCCUUAUUGGUAAUGUCCUUUAUUGGGUGUCCAUGAGGGACAUCAUACUUCAGUUUAAUUUGAACCAGCAGAGCCUAUCUAUGAUUGAGGGGCCUCCCGGUUUGGAUGAACGAUGCAGAGAUCAGAUCGUCAAGGCAGAGGAUGGCGGUGUUGGCCUUGCUCAAUUAUCUAAAUAUAGCAUUCAAAUGUGGCAGAUGAAGGUCAAUUGUGAAGGUGUUCCCAUGUGGUUGUUCUGGAAGAUCGUGGACAUGCAUAACAUUCUUGGGAUCUCUCCUCAUGUUAAGAGAAAUAGAGGGCGACUCCUGGGGUACGAUGAGGAUUCUAACGUGAUAUUUUUAUAUAUGCAUGGUAGUGUCUACAUGGUUAAACUCAAGUCAAUGCAAUUCAAUAAGCUUUAUGAAGGAGCUUAUCACAUAAACUAUCAUCCUUUCAAGAGCUUCUGUGCGCCAGGUGAGAUUGCUCAUCCUUAA